AUGCAUCCCAAAGCAUUCCUGUUGCUGCUGACUGGUAAGCCUGUCACAUUUUAAUAUUGAUUCGAAACUUGUUGUCCCCUUUUUCACUUGCCUAAGAAUAUACAUACAGUCUGAGAUGAUUUCCGAUAGAACAAUAUUAAUGUGUGCCCUCUGUAACUAUGUUAUUUGGAACCUCAAUGUCAGGAAUAUGUGCAAUAGUGUGACUGAUGGCUUCACCUCCCUCCUCUGCCAGCAUACGCAGCCCAUGGUUCACUGCAGCCCCAGGCUCUGUGGCAAUUUGGCAGAAUGAUCACGUGCACCCAGCCUGAUGUCAACCCAUUAAUGUACAAUAACUAUGGCUGUUGGUGUGGCUUGGGGGGGACUGGGACUCCCAGGGAUGACACUGAUAGGUAACUGAAUUUCAUUCAACUUGUGUUGGACAUUACAUUUACAUUUUAGUCAUUUAGCAGACGCUCUUAUCCAGAGCGACUUUACAGUUAGUGAGUGCAUACAUUUUCAUACUGGCCCCCCGUGGGAAAUGAACCCGCAACCCUGGCGUUGCAAGCGCCAUGCUCUACCAACUGAGCUACAGGGGACAUCAUGACCAGGUUUUUGUGUGCAUCUCAGAAAACUCAUUACUUUCUUCUCUUCACUCUCAGGUGUUGUGAGGUCCACGACCUCUGCUAUCAAGCGAGCAGGCAUCUUCCAGAGUGCCGUCCCGUCAUUGACGUCCCUUACAUCAAGGUGUACAUAUUCUCUUGCACAAAUGGGGAGGUCUCCUGUUCAGGUAACAACUGAACUGUAGAAACAAAAUAAUUUGCGGACAUACAUUUGCAAUAAACUAUACAAUCUUCCCAAGCUCUAUGAUAUUGUCAGAUGCAAUGAUGUUUUGAAGUAAGGUGAGGUUUCAGCUUUGUCUGAUUAUAACUGCUCCUAAUGUUUAUCAUGAGCCUAAACCUGUGUCCUCACGCCUCAGCUUCCAACGAUGUGUGCCAGGCCUCAGUGUGCGAGUGUGACCGAGUCGCCGCCAACUGCUUCGCCCAGUCCACCUACAACCCUGAGAACAAGAACCUGGACCCCAAAACCCACUGUGUCACCUGA